AAAUAACUCUCAUAAUUAAAACAAUUUCUUUAAAAAAAGAAAAGAGAUUGCCACCUUCACUAUAAAAGGAGGUACUCUCUCCGAGCAUUUUAUAGUGCAACAUCAGCUUGACAAAGGAGCAAGCACGUGCGCACACCCUGUAAUCCAGUGAGGGAGUAUGGCGAUUAAACUAUUUUCUUUUGAUUUCUUGAAUGGAAUUUUGUCAGAGGAUUCGAGCUCGAGCUUCUUCAGUGUUGAAUCAAUUGGUCCGCAACAACCUACUUUUUCUGUGUUGGAGAUGGUUAAGGCACUCCAGAAUCCUGACACCCGAGACCGUGCUCUUCAACUCCUUUCAACGGAUAAGGAUCCUCGUGGUGAUCAGUUGGCACCAUUGUUGUGGAGGACUUUUGGUACUAUCAAUGUACUCUUAGAGGAAGUAAUUGCAACGUAUCGCAUAAUGUCAACCCCACAGCUGACUGAUAAAGUAGCUACCCGAGUUUGCAACGCUCUUUCUUUGCUUCAGAAGGUAGCUUCCCACCCAGAAACAAAGCAGCAGUUUAUGAGGGCUAAAAUACCGCAAUAUCUCUACCCCGUCCUCAACACCAUGGAGGGGGAUAGGGCUCAUGAAUACGUAAGGCUUGCCAGUUUGGGCGUUAUUGCUUCCAUGUUGAAGGAUGACAGCAACGAUGAAGCUGUAAAAUUUCUUCUUGGUAGCGAAGUAUUAUUACCUUAUGUCCUUCGUUGCAUGAUCGUGGGCGCUGAAUUGUCCAAAACAGUUGCGGUGUAUAUAAUUCACAGGAUCUUACUGAAUAGGGAGGGGCUGAGAUAUUGCUGCAAUGUCGCAGAAAGGUUUUUUGCGGUGGCCAAAACAUUAGCAAGGAUGGUUGAUGAACUCCCUGUUCACGUUUCCUCCAAAAAGCUGCUGAAGCAUAUCAUUUCCUGCUAUGUUGCCCUCUCGAAAAAUCCAAAGGCACGUGACGGAUUAGUUGCUUGCUUUCCAAGGAGGCUAGCUGAUGGUAGCUUUUAUCACCUCCUGAAUAUAAGUUCUUCAAAAAUCUAGUCUUGCUCAUCCUGUAAUGCCUAAAGUUGUCGGAUGCAUCUCUAUGGUUCAACCCAAACUUUUGUUUAGAAAAUUUGGGUUCAACCGAAAGUUCCAUCCAUGUCAGCUGAGGCACUCCUGGAAAGAAGAGAGCAUAUAUAGAUAUACAUAUGCUUUAUAUAAUUUAUUAUCCUGUUUUUCUGUAUGCAAACUAAAUGGGAUGCUUCCCUUUGUGCUUCUGUUGUUUGUGGCUUGUUCUGGGGUUUGCACUUGUGCUAGCUCUUCCUGGAGGAGGAUGAUAUUUAAGCUAUAUGAAUAUGUUUCGCG